UCCCUUAGCUGUUCCUCUCGAGGAAAAUGUCUUCCUUGGAAAACUGUCAUGUGUUUUUAACCAAUUCCAAUAGAGCUUCGACCCAUGCUCCCUCUUUGUGUCUGUGGGCACAGCAGUGGUUCCCAGACUCUGGGGGACUUUCUACUGAACUGGACCCCAGACAGACUCCGGCUGCGAGAUUCAGGAGGCGGCCUAUCUGGGGGCCGGCCGCCCAGCCCCUUGGAAGAGAGCAGGUUGAGCCUGCGAGAACAGGCAGCAGUGCCCGCGUCGCGGCCUCCGCAGGACGGACUCGAGCAUCCUCGCCCGCUCGGUUUCAGGAGGCCCGGAGCCCCGCUGCGCCCUGGAGAGCCUCCAGCGUCUCUCGGCCUGGAGGCCCGGGGCAGCCGCUGCUCCCGCGCCAGGAGCCACAGGCGCUCUGCCGGCUUGAUGCGCAGCGCUGGGUGGAAAAGCGGACGCCGGGGCUGCGGCUGCUGGGCCUGGUUUUCGCUCGCGCGCAGGAGGCGGCAGCCCUGGACCGAGGGCGCGAGCACCCGCCCGGCUGCCGGGCGAGCGCUGUCGGGCCUCGGCCAAGUGGGGCUCUGCAGAGGGGCUUAGCGCAGCAGAGCGGAGCCAGCCUCAGCCCGCUUCCAGCCUUACGGACCUUCUUGGUGGCCAGGGCCCGGGGAGAGAGCCCGAGAAGGGAGGGCUCUCCGCGCCCUCCCGGCGUCGCGCUGAUUCCCCGUGUGCUGGGGCCGGGGCCGGGGUCGGAGGGACCUGCUUGACCUCAGCCCUAAGCGAUCCGUCAUCUGCAAACGCCGCUCUCGGGGGUCCCUGGCGCCGGCCCCUGGCUCUGGUAGUAGACACAACCCAGCUCUCUUCCUGCCCCCAGGCCCUGCUGUUUCAAGAAUUGUAGGGACAAAAUGUGCACCAGCGUAAUGCGGGCCGGGGCAUCCCGGGGAAGUCGUGGAGGAGGCAGGAACGCGCCGCACGGAUGCGGGCACGUCUGUCUCCUCCCCUAGGGUCUCCCCAGCUUUACUGAUCGCAGGGGUGGGGUAGAGGUCUAUUUCAGUCUCCCAGAUUUACUCUGAAACCGAGUCUCUUGGGAGUGAAGGUCCAUAUGAUUAUAUCAAGUCCAUAGCAGUCACGCUGUGUCCAAAAUGGGCACGGGCACUCACGGCGCAGCCACUGAAUUCCCCAGAGACGCAGUCUCUCGGGCCUGGGGCUUAUUCUUGUUUUCUCAAUGGACCGGGCCUCCGAAUUCCCCCAGGAAUGUCUCAAGAUGGUGUUUCCAGGGGAGAGGCGGUCUCGGGGCUGAAGAGGAGGAGAGUCGAGCGGGACUAGAUCUGGUACCUCAGG